AUGUCGUCGUCUAUGAUGGACCCCGUGGCUUUUGCCAAGGAUUUCGUUGCUGGUGGCGUUGCCGCAGCCAUUUCUAAGACAUCCGUUGCUCCAAUUGAGCGCGUCAAGCUUCUCCUUCAGGUUCAGCACGCAUCCAAACAGCUUUCGAAGGAUCAGCAAUACAAGGGUAUCGUGGAUGCCUUCGUGCGCAUCCCGAAGGAGCAAGGCUUUUUAAGCUAUUGGAGAGGAAACUUGGCCAAUGUGAUCAGGUACUUCCCCACGCAAGCCCUGAACUUCGCUUUCAAGGACAAGUACAAGCAGGUUUUCUUGGGAGGAGUCGAUAAGAAGACUCAAUUCUGGCGUUACUUCGCUGGAAAUCUUGCUUCCGGUGGCGCCGCUGGAGCAACAUCUUUGUGCUUCGUCUACCCCUUGGAUUACGCUCGAACGAGGUUGGGAGCUGACGUCGGUAAGGGAGCCGCUCAACGAGAAUUCAAUGGUCUGGGUGAUUGCUUGUCAAAGACAUUCAAGAGCGAUGGACUCGGCAUCAUCAUCUAUCGUGCGGCUUACUUCGGAUUCUACGACACUGCCAGGGGCAUGUUGCCGGAUCCCAAGAAGACUCCAUUCUUGGUUUCAUGGGCCAUUGCCCAGGUGGUGACAACUGUUGCUGGCAUCAUGUCAUACCCAUUCGACACGGUGCGAAGACGCAUGAUGAUGCAGUCUGGUCGCAAGGGAGCUGACAUCAUGUACACCGGAACAAUAGAUUGCUGGCGCAAGAUCGCUCAACAAGAAGGUACCAACGCCUUCUUCAAGGGCGCGUUCUCCAACGUACUCCGAGGAACUGGCGGUGCCCUCGUGUUGGUGUUGUACGACGAGAUCAAGACGUUCUUGUUCUAA